AAUCCACAAGCUUCAAGAGGAAGACUCCGGCACCGCCAUCUGUCAUACAUCUGGCAAUGAUUUAUUGGUUUGGAUCAAGCAACAGAUACUAAAUUUUGGAGGUGAGCUGAUGAGUUUGGGUACGCAGUGUAAGCCAUGGCCAAACCUCAAAACCCCAAUUCCACCCAAAACCUACCUUCUUCUUCAACACCUACUAAGGUUUCUGGUGAAAUCGGAAGCGGCAACACCAGCUACUCCGCCCCAAAGCCCCAUUUCCCUAAUCCUCCCGAUCCCACAAACCCCGACCCAGCUGCCCUCCGAGAGCAGUGGAGAUACGCGAUCCGGCAGUACAGCAAAUGGUAUUCUCACGCCUGGGGCACCGCCAUUCUCGCUGGCCUUUCCUUCUUUGCCCUUGGUUGGAUCAUCAAGGGCUCCAAUCCUCUCCCCUCUCGACAGGAUGACUCUCCUGCACGCCCUUCCUCUUCUUCUACUUCCGAUGACGGCGAUGUUGGCCGCUGAUGGUGCCUGCAUGCCUAACAGGAUUUCUACAUAAUAAUCUCGCUCAUACCUCAUAUAAUGCUUUCGCGAGAGGGGAGCUUUCCUGGGAGGGGCAAAUCCAAACUUUCUACAUUAUCAAGGAUUGCUAUUUGAAUGUACUAUUAGUACAUUAUCGCUGUUUCCCUUGUAAUACACUUGAUCUGAAUGUGCUGUGUAUAUAUACUACUUCCUACACAUGCAAAUUUUGAAUUAGAAAUCCAAGAUCGAUCAAUUAUUCCUAGA